CCGCAAUCAAUGGGAUAAGCUACAUGCCAGGUAUGCAAGGCAAGCCAGCAAAUAGCGUUUCAUUGGAUUUCUUUACGAUAGAUUAAAGUCAUGCACUCAGCACAUACACACACACAUAUAUAUAGACACACACAGACACACACAUACAUAAAUUUAUCAUGCCUGAAACAAUCUGGCGAACGGGGAACUAACACUACCAGACUGAGUCCUGUCCUGCCGCCAUCGUACUCCUAUCAACGACUUCGAGCAGCCACACCAUGGUGCUCUUUAGGAAGACUGCGACUUGCCUUUGGCUAACACUUGUCCCUUCCACCCUUGCUAUUGGGUGUAUACCAUCUACCGCAAUUGCCUGGCCUACAUCCAGCGGCUCUUCCGGUAGUGGUUCUGGUUCUGGUUCCCCAGGCGACACUUGUUCCGAGUUAUGCGGCAACAACCCUGGGUGCCUUGAACUCUGCGAAGGAACCCCUGGACGUAUGGGACGAAAGCUGAAAACUCGUGCGAGUCUUAGCUGUACAAGCAGCGAGAGUUGUUUCAUGUACACAGACGGCACGUUGCUGUGUGUAGAUACCGAUACCGGCUCCUUCCAUGAUGAAACUGGUGGGAGUGGAAACAUUGUAACUGGCGAAUACACGUCGGCGAGCGAGGGGAAGACGACCCUUGCAACAGGGCAGACAGCUUCACGCACUGCUGGCACCGCUGGGAGCACAGCUACUUCAGCACUGUCGAGAAUAUCAAUAUCGUCAUCCACUUCAAGUACAGGGAUUGACAAGGCUGCUUCUACAAGUUCCACUUCUGCUACAACGACUACUGCAACGUCUGGAGUUGAAAGGGUUCGUGCAUAUCGUUCUGUUGGAGUUUUGAGUUUCAUUCUGAGUAUCUUUUUGUAAUUAGCUAGAUAAAGAGCACAGAGGUUAGUUGACAAGAAAGCGAAAGACUCGGGGUUUAUCCGAAUCACUGCUUUGUGCUUCAUCUUUUUCCGGAACCUAGCGGAAUCUGGUCUUUGGUUCCCUUUGAUUAUGCCAGCCCCGGCAUUGUUAUUGCAACUACGCGGAAUAGUAGUGCAGUAAGUGCGGUUAUUUACAAGAUGAUCUGAGCAAAAAGCAUAAUCAUGCAUGCCAGCAACCUAUAUAUAUGGGAUAUGUGCAAAAUUCACUUGCUCCCACUUGUUCGUGUUUCUUACUUUACGAUUCAUAUGUGGAAAUUUGAGGUCAUAAAGCGGAAGACAUGAAGUAAAUACUUU